UAUCUCCAGGCAGAGUGUGACAGAGAAGUCCGGAAUUCAAUCCUUAAAGGCUUAAACCCCCCCGCCCAUUAAACCCUCUCUGGUUUUAGGGUUUCUUCGUUCUCCUCAGUUAUGAAGACGAGUUCUUUUCAAGGUUUCUCUUACACUUCCUGUCAUUCUUCUCCGUACUUCGAUGCCCGCGGAUCAGUUACCCCGUGGAAAAUGGCCGCCUUUAGCGCCUUAUCGCUAUGUCCGUACACUUUCUCAUUCCGGGCACGCUCUAGAAAUAGGUCUUCCGUCUCGUAUUCCGCCAGUUCUCCUCCUGCUUCAGGCACUUCGUCUAAGGUUCCCCGUAGAAGAUCAAGUAGACUGGAAGGGCCUGGGAGAAGUAUGGAGGACUCAGUAAAACGUAAAAUGGAGCAGUUCUAUGAGGGAGCUGAUGGCCCACCACUCCGUGUCCUUCCAAUAGGUGGCCUCGGUGAAAUUGGAAUGAAUUGUAUGCUUGUCGGAAACUAUGACCGGUAUAUUUUAAUUGACGCUGGUGUCAUGUUUCCAGAUUAUGACGAGCCUGGGGUCCAGAAAAUAAUACCGGACACAACGUUUAUCAAAAGAUGGAGGCACAAAAUUGAAGCUGUUGUCAUAACGCAUGGUCAUGAAGAUCACAUUGGUGCGUUGCCUUGGGUUAUCCCGGCAUUGGACUCCCAUACACCGAUAUUCGCAUCAUCCUUCACCAUGGAGCUUAUAAAGAAGCGAUUGAAGGAGAAUGGGAUCUUCGUUCCAUCUAGACUUAAGACUUUCAAAACUCGAAGAAAAUUUAUGGCUGGGCCAUUUGAAAUAGAACCCAUUACGGUGACUCAUUCUAUUCCUGAUUGUUGUGGCUUAGUCCUUCGUUGCGCUGAUGGUACCAUUCUUCAUACGGGAGACUGGAAGAUCGAUGAAUCACCACUGGAUGGGAAAGUGUUUGACCGUCAAGCUCUUGAGGAACUGUCAAAGGAAGGAGUAACCUUGAUGAUGAGUGACUCAACAAAUGUAUUGUCACCGGGAAGGACAAUUAGUGAAACGGUUGUUGCAGAUGCUCUAAUAAGGAAUAUCUCAGCAGCCAAGGGACGAGUCAUCACGACACAGUUUGCAUCCAAUAUACAUCGUUUGGGAAGUGUAAAAGCUGCUGCUGAUUUAACUGGUCGAAAGUUGGUUUUUGUUGGCAUGUCAUUGAGGACAUAUCUAGAUGCAGCUUGGAAGGAUGGAAAAGCUCCAAUCGACCCAUCUACUUUGGUGAAAGUCGAAGACAUUGAUGCAUAUGCUCCAAAUAAUUUACUGAUUGUCACGACCGGAUCUCAAGCAGAACCACGUGCUGCCCUGAAUCUUGCAUCAUAUGGUAGCAGUCACUCUUUCAAACUUACCAAGGAAGACAUAAUUCUCUAUUCAGCAAAGGUGAUUCCGGGCAAUGAAUCACGAGUGAUGAAGAUGAUGAACCGGCUAGCAGAUAUUGGGCCGACUAUUGUAAUGGGUAGGAAUGAAAUGCUGCACACAUCUGGUCACGCCUAUCGCGGGGAACUUGAAGAGGUUCUUAAGAUAGUAAAACCACAACAUUUUCUACCUGUACAUGGAGAACUCUUGUUCCUGAAGGAGCACGAGUUGCUCGGGAGGUCUACUGGGAUUCGACACACCACUGUUAUAAAAAAUGGAGAGAUGCUUGGGGUUUCUCAUUUGAGAAACAGACGAGUUUUGUCCAAUGGAUUUAGUUCUCUUGGGAAAGAAAAUUUGCAGUUAAUGUAUAGUGAUGGUGAUAAAGCAUUUGGCACAUCAAGUGAACUUUGCAUUGACGAGAGACUACGGAUUGCAUCUGAUGGCAUUGUAGUAGUCAGCAUGGAAAUCUUGCGACCACAUAGCGUUGAUGGUGUUGCAGAAAAUAGUAUAAAAGGAAAAAUAAGAAUAACUACCCGUUGCUUGUGGCUUGACAAAGGGAAACUACUAGAUGCUCUUUACAAAGCUGCUCAUGCUUCUCUAUCAAGCUGUCCUGUGAACUGCCCCUUGGCUCACAUGGAACGAACGGUUGCCGAAGUACUGAGGAAGAUUGUCCGGAAGUAUAGUGGUAAAAGGCCAGAAAUCAUUGCUGUAGCCAUGGAAAAUCCCAUGGCUGUCGUCUCAGAUGAGGUCAGGAUGAAACUAUCGGGCGAUUCAAAUGUUGGUUCUGGAGUGUCAGCGUUAAAGAAAGUUUUGGAAGGACAACCCAGAAGAAGUCGGUCAAAGAAGACAUCUCCACAAGACCGUCCAAGAGAAGUAGAUGAUAUUGUCGGCAGUGCAAGACUGCUGGAUAAUGAAGAAGCCUCGGCAUCAGGUUACACAGUUGAAGAUACGCACUCAGGGAGUUCUGAAGAGUCCGAAGAUUUUUGGAAAUCGUUCAUCACUUCAACAUCACCUUCGCCUGCUGCUAAAUUGGAAAAUGCAUAUACGGUGGCUGAUGCAGAGGUUAAGACAGAGGAUGAAAAGAUCAGUAGCAGAGAUGAUGAUUCAUCUGAAGCGUCAGAUUCCGAGUCAAAGCCUUCAAAACGUAUCAAGCGGAACAAAUGGAAGCCUGAAGAGGUUAAGAAGCUUAUAAGGACGCGUGGAGAACUGCACAGCAGAUUUCAGGUGGUGAAAGGCAGAAUGGCUUUGUGGGAAGAAAUUUCUACAAACCUAAUGGCUGAUGGAAUCAUCAGAAGCCCAGGACAGUGCAAAUCUCUCUGGGCAUCUCUCAUUCAGAAAUAUGAGGAGUGCAAGGCUGAUACAGAAGGGAAGAACAGUUGGCCACACUUUGAGGACAUGGACAACAUCUUAUCCGAGUUAGGUGCUCCAGCAGCAAAAUAGACACGUGUACAUGCCACAUUCAUGUACAUGUAUAUGUAUAUGCCAUAUUCAUAUACAUGCACUGAAGCAUUUCAUGUGUAUACAUGUAUGCGCUUCUCUUGUCUGGUGAUUAACUCUGUAAUGUAACAGAGAUCCAUUGAAGAAGGAUGAAUGACAGAAGGCAGAAGCUCUUGGGAGGAGGUGUGUUCUGGUUAUAACUGAAGAGGAGGUUGUUCAUUAUGCCAUCCAAGUUUCAUUCAUUGUACUUUGUUUCUGUUUUCCUUUCCAUCUUCCGGAAUUUUGACAUCUUUAUCUCAAGGUUAUGGUGGCAUAGAGAUUAGUCAUCUGGUACUGUUCGACCGAAUUGGACCAAACCGGAAAACAUCAGUUGGUUUUUAAAGUUUAUUCAUAA